UAAGGCAGGGCGGAAUAAAGAGGGCGGGCGCGAGUAGAGGAAACAUCCUCGUUUAUCGGCAAAUACACGGCGGAGAUGGAUGAGAGAGUUUAUUUGGUUUAACCGCAUGUUUCAUUAACCUGUGGAUGAAAGACAAGCUUCAGCAAGUGUUCAGCGAGUCGUGUUCACAUGGGGUUUGUGUUCGGGGCGUCAGUCUGUCUCUUCUCGCAGGGAUGUCCGCUCAAGGGUUACUGAACAGCGUCUUCUCGUGUUCCUCUUCGGGCUCUAAGACCCUCGCGAAGAGGAAACUGCAGCAGACUCGCAGUUUGGACUCUGCGCUGGUCCGGAGCUGCGGGACGCCCGGAGACCCCGGAGACCCCGGCGGGCAUCGCUCCGUGUGCUGGAGCUCGAGCUCCACAGCUGGAUUCACCGACAGCCGAAGCGCUCCAGAGAGUCUCUCCUCCUCCAGUUUAUCGGCAUCUUCCGACGCUUCGUCGAUCUCCAGUCUUCACAUCGAGCACAGGAGCGGCAAACGCAACGCGUCCAGGGAUUUAUCGCUCAACAUCUCUGGUUCAAGCAACAUCUUCUCACCGAGGAAGUGGCUUCAGAGAAAGCUGCCUCAAUCGGAUGCUCUUUCGCACCAUCUCUGUAAAUCUGAGGGAGAUUUCACCUGUAAGAAAACAGCCGCUCAUAAUUUCCACAUGCAGUCGGUUUCCAUUCAGAGUCUGUCGGAGCUGGAGAGAGUCCGGCUGCAGGAGGUCGCUCUGGUCAGACUGAUGAAAGACUUCGAUUUGGGAUGCCAGAUCACCAUCCCCAAAGAUGGCCAGAAGCGGAAAAAGUCACUCCGGAGGAAGCUGGAUUCUUUAUCGAAAGAAAAGAGAGACAAAGAGUCAGAUCCGCAGGCGUUCGGCGUGCCGCUCUCGCAGGUGAUUGUGAACGACCGGCGUCACAAGCAGCUGCAGGAAGAGCAGCGGGGUCCAGCGGAUCGAGUCCUUUCACUCCUGCACCUGAUGGGACGCAGAUCCACCAACAAGGAGCUUUCCAGCAGUAACUCGUCCCUCAGCUCGUCCUCCGAGACUCCCAAUGAGGGCACAACACCCGACACACCCGAGACGCUGCUGCGCUCACGCAGACGGGGCGGCGUGUCUGUGGACUGCAUCACUGAUCUGGACGACGGUCACUCGCGUCUGCUGGAGGCUCUUCAGCUCUCCACGCCUGUGGAGUCACACAGCGAGAAGAAGAAGACGAGCGACGCCAAGCUCAGCCUGAACCCCAUCUACAGACAGGUGCCACGCUUGCUGGACAGCUGCUGCCAACACCUGCAGAAAUAUGGUCUGCAGACUGUGGGCAUUUUCCGGGUUGGAAGCUCCAAGAAAAGAGUUCGACAGCUGCGUGAAGCGUUCGAUCGGGGUGCUGAGGUUGUUCUGGACCAGCGGCACAGUGUUCAUGAUGUGGCAGCACUGCUCAAAGAGUUUCUGAGAGACAUGCCUGAUCCUCUGCUGACCAGAGAACUGUACUCGCCAUUUAUCAGCUGCACAUCUCUAGAUAAAGCAGAUCAGCACACGGUCAUACAGUUGCUCGUCUGUCUGCUUCCCGCCUGCAACAGCGACACCCUUCAGUGUUUACUUCACUUCCUGUCAGACGUAGCCAAUCACGCGGAGGAUUCACAGGGCGCUGAUGGAAACAAGGUGAUUGGUAAUAAAAUGACGUCACUGAACCUGGCCACCAUAUUUGGGCCGAACCUCCUGCACAAGCAGAAGAGCUCAGAGAAGGAGUUCAGCGUUGAGAGUUCGGCUCGGAUGGAAGACAGCGCCGCCAUCAUCAGCGUCGUCCAGCACAUGAUCGACACGCACCAGUCCCUCUUCAAGAUCUCGGCGGAGCUGCAGAACGAGCUUCUGCUGAGUUUGUUGGACACAGACAGUGAUGUGGUAGAUUAUCUGCUGAGGAGGAAAACACCACAGUGUGAAGACGUGAAGAGCUCCAGUGGAGAAAUCUCUCCGUACGAUAACAACUCUCCGGUGCUCUCUGAGUGGUUUCAUGCAUCAGGACCGGAGGAUCAGAGGCCCUCAGAUGCUCUCGAUAGGAACAACACAGAGAAUUUCUGCCUCUCACCCUCACAAGCCGGCACCGGGGAAACAAUACACGAUAAGGCUCAUAUCUGGCGAACACGACAGGCUCUUCUGUCAGGACUUCAUGACAAACUCCUCACAGGUUCAGACGGACACCUGUAUAAACGCGCCUCCUCUGAAGUCUUCUGCUAUGAUGAAAGCGACACGAAACCUGUGCAUGAGACGCAAGCGUCCCGUACGAAUGUCCCUGCUGAAUGUAAAGCAUGCAUGCAUCCAAUCGCAUCGAGCCACCGGACUACAUUUGACCAAUCAGAAGAGGGCGCACUCGCAGCUCCCACCAAACCAGACGACAGACUUCCUGCUGUGUCCAUGCAGCCACGUGUCACUUCCUGUCAGCAUCCAGACUGGCCAACAGAGAAGUGGCAAAUAUGGCAACUCCUGUCAUCAGACAGCAUAGACAUACUUCCAGAGACUAUGGUGUGAAACACAGAGUUUAAAGGGACACUUCACACAAAAAUUAAUUUACUGUCAUCAAAAGAACAUUGGACUUUCAAUUAAAUGAGGCAUUUCUCAAAAUGUUUUCUUUUAUGUUCCAACGAAGAAAGAAAGCCAUACAGGUUUGGAACGAGUGAAGGAUUAUAAUUUAAUGGCGAACUGUCCCUUUAAGAGCCUUUUAAUUUGCGAGUGAGUUGUAUUUGAAUGACAGGAAGCACAACAAAAUGAUGCCACGUUGUUUUCAGAUGAUUUUAUAAAUAAUUAUUAUUGGUAUAAAAAUUUUGGAUGCAUAUUUCACACUUUGCAAUCAUUAUGGUUUUAUAUUAUUUUUGACAGAAAUUGAUAUUUUUAUUAAUCAAGGAUGUAUUUUAUAAUGAAGCCAUUUAUAGUUACAAAAUAUUUAUAUUUCAAAUAAAUGCUGUUCUUUUCAACUUUCUAUUCAUCUGUGAAUCCUGAAAAAAAAAAUGUGUCUUGGCUUCCACAAAAAUAUUAAAUGUUUUCAGAAUUGAUAAUAAUCAGAAAUGUUUCUCGAGCAGCAAAUCAUCAUAUUUUCAUGAUUUCUGAAGAUCACGUGACACUGAAGACUGGAGGAAUGAUGCUGAAAAUACAGCGGAGCAUCACAGAAAUAAAUUACAGUUUAACAUAUAUUUAUGUAGAAAACCCGAAUUUUAAAUUGUAAUAAUAUUUAAAAAUUGUUACUGUAUUUUUGAACAAAUAAAUGCAUCCUUGAUGAGCAGAA